AUGGAUGUUUUUGCAGUUAUUCUUAUUACUCUAACGAUAUUAACCAUUUGUGGAAUUUGUUUAUUUAUAGUGAUUUGUGCUGUACAACCCAGAAUUUUACACUAUUUACAUAAACGCCGAGAACGAACUUAUUACAUUACAGCAUUAAAACAAAUCAAUGAAGCUGAAGCCGAUCUCAGCAUAGCUUGUUCAAAUCCUGAACGCAAAUCUUCAACGAUCGACCAUGAGAAGCGUACUUAUUUGAGAAUAUUGGAACGAAGUAUUCGUUCGGGUCGAUGUAUUGAAGAUGAAAAGGCGCGUUAUGAUACGAGAGAUGAUAGUCCAUUGAAUUCAUUCUAUUAUCUUCGACGAUUUAUUAAUCAACAUCUAUCUCCAACUACGACAAUAACAAAUACUCAAAGAUGUACUGAAUUAUGA